UGCCCAGCGUGGACCUACGUUGUUGCAUGCUCAACCUGGAGACUUGCUCGGCAAGGUGAGACGCGCGGUUCAAGAGUAUAUUUUCGUCACAAAUAUACAAAAACAAACCCAUUUUUUUCUAAAUAAUCAAUACAAAAUAUAAACUUAAUUAAUUUUAAAAUCAAAUACCACUACUGUACUUAUUUAACGAUAGUGCUAUCAGUUCUUGUGCCUUAUCUUUAAGUGCCGUCUUGUUUGUUAUUCGUACGUGAAGUUAAAAUCACGUGUUGGAAUUUUUUUUUAAUGAAAUACUGUUUUUGUUUUUUUUUAAGUGAUAUUUUCUAAUUUAUUGUGAAUUUAUUGUGAAUGUUCGGGGAAAUUAAAAGUGCAGUCUAAAUGUCAAGUGGAUUUAUUGACAAUCUAAGGGAUUAUGUGCAAUUGGUGUAGGAGAAUUUCUCACAACUGAAAAUGUAUUGGAAACGUUGAAUCGAGCAAAAUGGCAACAAAAAAAGGAAAUUCAUUCGACAAAUGUGAAAAGUCGAAUUUUACGAGGGGUUACGAGAAAAAAAUUUCGACAAAACCCAUGGGUUCUUGGAGGGCAUGAGCGCUCAUCAUGUUCAACAAUCGACACGGACUUCAAGUGCCGUCGACCAUUUAUAUUUUUGGCUUGACGUUCAUUCUGCUAGUGAUUCUUAUUGAUAAUCACAAUGUCACAGCUGAUGGAAAUUCAGAAUUUGUCAAAGGCAAAAUUUGCAUUGGAACGAAUGGCCGUCUUUCAGUGACAUCAAACAAGCAGUAUCAUUAUCGAAAUCUUCGUGAUCGAUACACGAAUUGUACUUACGUUGAUGGUAAUUUGGAGAUCACUUGGCUUGAAAAUGAAGAUCUUGACCUCAGUUUUCUUCAGUACAUUAGAGAAGUCACAGGAUAUGUAUUUAUCAGUCAUGUCAAUGUACGAAGAAUUGUUCUGCCAAGAUUGCAAAUUAUCCGUGGCAGAAAUCUCUUUAAACUCAAUAUUCAGGAUAGAGAAUUUGCACUCUUUGUUUCCAUGUGUCAAAUGUAUAAUCUCGAAAUGCCGGCCCUUAGAGAUAUUCUCAAUGGCAGCGUUGGAAUGUUUAACAAUUAUAAUCUCUGUCAUAUAAAAACAAUAAAUUGGGAUGAAAUAAUAACCGGUUCGGGUGGUAAAUAUUAUUAUGUUUAUAAUUUUACAUCACCCGAAAGAGUUUGUCCUGAAUGUGAUAAAAGCUGUGAACAAGGAUGUUGGGGUGAGGGACCUGAGAAUUGUCAAAAAUUUUCAAAAAUGAAUUGCUCACCACAAUGUUGGCAGGGUCGUUGCUUUGGUCCAAAUCCACGUGAAUGUUGUCAUUUAUUUUGUGCCGGUGGCUGUGUUGGUCCAAAGCAAAGCGAUUGUCUUGCUUGUAAAAAUUUCUUUGACGAUGGCGUCUGUACACAGGAAUGUCCACCGAUGCAAAAAUACAAUCCAUCAACAUAUUCUUGGGAAGUUAAUCCCGAUGGGAAAUAUGCUUACGGUGCAACGUGUGUUCGUAAAUGUCCAAUACAUCUUUUAAAAGAUAAUGGGGCUUGUGUUCGUUCUUGUCCGCCAAAAAAGAAGGCACUACAUGGUGAAUGUGUACCAUGUGAUGGACCAUGUCCAAAGACAUGUAAAGGCGUUGAUAAAGUACAUUCGGGGAAUAUUGAUAGUUUUAAAGAUUGUACAAUUAUUGAGGGUUCAAUAACAAUUUUGGAUCAAAGUUUUUGGGGUUAUCAGCAUGUUAAUAAUGAUUUUAGUUUUGGUCAACGUUAUCAACCAAUGCAUCCCGAUAAAUUGGAAGUGUUUAGUACAUUAAAGGAGAUUACAGGUUUUUUGAAUAUACAAGCGGAUAAUGAAAAUUUUACUUCAUUAUCAUAUUUCAAUAAUUUAGAAGUUAUUGGUGGUCGUGUUCUUACGGAAUAUUUUGCAUCACUUUAUAUUGUUAAAACAACAUUGGUAUCGCUUGAUCUCAAAUCAUUGAGAAAAGUCUCAUCGGGCACAAUUGCAAUUGUUGAAAAUAGAAAUUUAUGUUAUGCGAGCAGCAUUAAUUGGGCGAAAAUUAAAAAAUCAUCCGAACACGAUAUUCUUAUGCAGAAUAACAAAAAUAAAACAGAAUGCAUUAAGGAAGGUCAAUGGUGUGAUAGUCAAUGUUCAGACGAAGGUUGCUGGGGUCCCGGUCCCGAAAUGUGUCUCUCCUGUAAAAAUUAUAUGCUCGGAAAUGUCUGCCUUGAGAAUUGCAAUAUUAAACCAGGAAUCUAUCAAACAGAUUCAAAAAUCUGUAAACCAUGUCACGAGGAGUGUGAAGGUACAUGUACAGGACCAAACGCUGAACAUUGCAAUAAAUGUAAACACGUUCGUGAUGGUCCAUUUUGUGUGAAACAAUGCCCACUAUCAAAAUACAAUGACAAUGGACAAUGUAAACAUUGUCAUGAAAAUUGCGUUGGUGGUUGUGAGGGUCCAGAAAAUAAUAUUGGAUCAAAUGGUUGUCACAGUUGUGAGAAAGCAAUUAUGAAUGGCAAAAUUCCUGGCAGUUGUUUACAAAAAAAGGAUUCAUGUCCUGAUGGUUACUAUUACGAAUGGAUUAGCCCUCAGGAGCAGGGAAAAUUGAGACCACUUGCAGGAAAGGCAGUUUGUCGAAAAUGUCAUUCACGAUGUAAAAGAUGUACAAAUUAUGGAAUUCAUGAACAAGUUUGUCAAGAAUGUGUUAAAUAUAAAAGAGGUGAACAAUGUGAGGAUGAAUGUCCCUCGGAUCAUUUUGUCAAACCUGAUACAAGAUUAUGUUUACCAUGUGACAGUGAAUGUCGAGAAUGUUACGGUCCAGGAUCAAAUGAAUGCUUUAGAUGUAGAAAUUUCAAAAUAUUUUCGGAAGGUGAUCCAACGGACAAUACAACUGAUUUUAAUUGUACAGAAACGUGUCCUUUGGAUUAUUAUAAAACAUUUCCGGAGGAACACUCAUUGGUUGGCGAUCCAUUUUGUUCGCUAACACCUGCGGCUAUUAAAAAGGAAGACGAUUUUAAUAUAUUUAUUGUAUCGGGUUCGGUUGUAACAACAACGUUAAUAUUCUUUAUGAUUGGAUUUACAAUAUAUGUUAAAUGUCGACGAAUGAAGAAUAAAGAAAAUACAGUUAAAAUGACAUUGGCUUUAACUGGUUUAGAUGAUAAUGAACCGUUAAGGCCAACUGGUUUAAAGCCAAAUUUGGCAAAAUUACGUAUUAUCAAAGAGGAGGAAAUGAGAAAAGGUGGUAUACUUGGAUAUGGGGCAUUUGGUAAUGUUUAUAAAGGUGUUUGGGUGCCAGAGGGUGAGAAUAUAAAAAUUCCCGUUGCCAUUAAAGUACUUCAUGAGGGUACAAAUGUUAAUACAUCAAAAGAAUUUCUUGACGAAGCCUAUAUUAUGGCAACAGUUGAUCAUCCAAAUCUUUUACAAUUACUUGCCGUUUGUAUGACAUCGCAAAUGAUGUUGGUCACACAAUUAAUGCCACUUGGUUGUUUACUUGAUUUUGUACGUAAUAAUAAAGAGAGAAUUGGAUCAAAACCAUUGCUCAAUUGGUGUACACAAAUAGCACGCGGUAUGGCAUAUCUUGAAGAAAGAAGAUUAGUACAUCGUGAUCUUGCCGCUAGAAAUGUUCUUGUACAAACAAGUACAUGUGUUAAAAUAACAGAUUUUGGUCUCGCUAAAUUAUUAGAUAUUAAUGAAGAACAAUAUAAAGCAGCCGGUGGUAAAAUGCCUAUUAAAUGGUUAGCACUCGAGUGUAUUCAACAUAGAGUAUUUACACAUAAAUCCGAUGUUUGGGCAUUUGGAAUAACAAUUUGGGAGGUACUCACUUAUGGUGGACGACCAUAUGAAAAUGUACCGGCAAGAAAUGUGCCUGAAUUAUUAGAGAAGGGCGAAAGACUUCCUCAACCUCCAAUUUGUACAAUUGAUGUCUAUAUGAUUAUGGUUAAAUGUUGGAUGCUCGAUGCGGAAUCAAGACCUUGUUUCAAAGAAUUAGCUGAGGAAUUUGCAAAAAUGUCCAGGGAUCCUGGGAGAUAUCUUGCAAUUAUUGGUGAUAAAUUCAUGAUACUGCCAUCGUUUACGUCACAGGACGAGAAAGAUAUGAUAAGAAAUCUUGCCACUGGUAUGGAUGGACUUGAGUCACUAAUGGAUACGGAUGAGUAUUUGCAACCAAAAUCAAGAGCUCCCUUACCACCUGGUAUUUUAACAACAAGCACAUCUGGUUCGCCACCAAAUACACCAAUGAAAACAUGCUGGCCAAAUGGAAUGUCCCUGGCGACUGAUUCGCCAACGCCUCAAAAUCAACAGAAUUGGGAUAGAGAAUUUUUGAGAUAUAAUUCAACGCAUGGAAAUGGAAGUACAUCGCACGAUCAGGGUUCAACAAUUUCUGGACAACAUGGACAUUAUGUUCACGCGAAUGGACAUUGCGGACCAAUGACAUCCGAUGGCUCAAGUUCGAGAUAUUGUUCAGAUCCCCUAAAAAUGGUCGUAAGAGAUUGUGAUGUAACGGACGACUGUUUCGACACGAAUAUUAGUUCUGUGCAUCAACAAGCUCAAGUUGGUAAUUUAAAAUUGGAUCUUCCAGUAGACGAGGAUGAUUAUCUAAUGCCAUCGCCUCAAAUUCCCACCAAUACAACGCAAUACAUAGAUCUCAUCGGGGAUACCAAAACCACGGAACCCGAACAUAAAAGAAAAAUGAACGGCUAUAGAAAAUAUCCUGAUUUUAUAACAAUUGCCGGCAAGACAUCAUUAGAUAAUCCAGAGUACAUAAUGUCACAAGAUGAAGGGCCAUUAACACCACAAACUUUAGGCAUUCCAACGCCCGAUCUUGAGAAAGUCCUAACAAAUGGAGCAUUUGGCUCGCAGAGGCAACGAAGUUCCGAGGAAGAAUCGGAUCAUGAAUAUUACAACGAUUUCGAUCGAUUGCAACGUGAAUUGCAACCACUGAAGCCACUUCGAAAAAAUGAAACGACUGUUUGAUAUAAGAAAUCAUCGUGUUAGGUUUAAUUUUUUUUUUUCGCGCGAAUUAUUAAAAAAAAAAUAUUUCAAGGAAUAAUCCUUUGAUAUUUUUGACUGAAAGAAUGGGAGUGUUUUUUUUUUGUUUUUUUUUUAAACACUCAAUUAUCAGUACUUACAAGAGAUUCACAAAAAAAAAAAUGUGAUAACAAAAAAGAAAGAAGUCUUAAUGAGUUGGCAAUGAAACAUGACCGGGACAAAAGAUACUCAUGGAUCCUUGUUCCAUUUUCUCCAUUUUAUUGAUGAUAGUUCAAAUAAAUAUAAUGUGCCAUUAUCAAUGUGGCUUGUAUAUAGAUUGUAACAAGAUUUAGUUUUUAAUAGCAAUUUUACGAAUUCGCAUUCUUCUUUUUACAAAAAAAAAAAAAAACAAAAAACAACAAAAAAACCUAUUAUUAAGAUAUGUAAAUUUUUAAACUAACAAUUUUACGAAUUUUUAAGUAUGAAAAAAAAAAAUUUUGCGACAAUAUUGUCGGGAAAUUUUCUUAAUCGAUUGUUUUAUUUUUUUUUCCCGACGGCAAAAAAAAAAUAUUUGUGUAUAUUGUGCGGAUUGCCGCUGACUGUGAUAGAAAAAAAAAUAUAUAUAUAUACUUUCGUCUUCGAACAAAUAUGACGAUAAGAUAAAAUAUAUGUAGUAUAUUAUAUACUACUGCAUUUUUAUAUCUCUUCUUACUCAUCUACUGUCGUUUUUAACGAUGAGAGUAUUUUAAAGAAGAAAGAAAUUUCAAUUAAAUUUUUAGUAAUAAAGAAAUAAACUAGAAAUUAUUGAAGAAGAAAAGACUUUUAAAUUUUACUUUUAAAUUUAAAAAAAAGAAGAAAUCGAAUUUUAAUUUGAACUUUUUUCAAGUUGUAUACUUGAAAAAAUUUUGUUAUUCAAUGUUUUAAAAUCUAAAAAAUCAAACAAAACUAAUUUAAUGUAAUUUUUUUUUUUUAAAUCAGUGAACAAUUUUAUUCUUAAUAUUUCAAAACACUAAAAAUUUCACUUUUCAUUCAGACAUUCCAAAAAUAUAUUUUAACUUAUAAAUGUUUCAAUGUCAAAAUUUUUUUCAAACAUUCUUCAUUCAAAUGCAAUUUAUAUUUAAUGAAAAUUUUAAAAUACAUUAUAAAAUAUAUUUUGAUUUUUUAAAAACAAUUUUUUAUCUCGAUUGUCCGAUUUAAUGAUUAAAAGUCACUUGUAGCAAUCUCUUUUUAAAAAAAAAGUUAAUAGCCUAGAAUUAUGUUUGUUAUUUAUUUUUUUAAAUGAAUUUGUGACACUUUAUUCACAAAAUGAUGAAAAAAAUUAAAUUAACUUUUAGUAGAGAUUGUCGUGUGACAAAUUUAAUUUCCGCAUAAAAUAUAAAUUUUCUUUAUUUGAUUCAAUAAAUCCUAAUGAUUGAAUUGAAAUUUACGAACAAAUUUUUAAUGUUUAUAUAAAAAAAAAAAAAAAAAUUGUAAAUAUAUAUAAAAAAAAUAGUGUAGAGAUCUUAAGAAAAUUUCUACUAUUGCGUAGAACGAAAGUACUUGAAAUUGCAAUGCAAAAAAUACUUUACUUUAUUCAAAUUCUUUUUUUUUUAACUGCAAUAUAUUCAAAAUUAAAUACGAUAGUUGAAGGAAAAAAAAAAUUUAUGUUGCAUUAUUUAGAAAAUACAUUCAAAAUUUAAAAAAAAUUUUUUUUUAAUUAUUACCGAAAUAAAUUGCAAUUUAGAUAAUUAAAUAUAUUAAGAGAUUAUUUGAAUUAACGCGAAGUGUCUUUUACAAUGUUCUAGUUAUUAAGUGGCAUAAAUUUAUAUUCACAUAUUUACUGUGUCUGUGAAAGUAGAAUAGUACGUGCCAUUUUUGUACAGACAAAAAGAAAAAAAAAUAAGUACUUUAUAGAGAAAAAAAAGGAAUUUUGAGUUAAAAAUUUGGAAUAUUAAAAAAAACAAAUUCGAUCUUAAUAAAUUUGGGAACAAUUUUUUAUAUUUAUAAAUAAUAAUUUAAAAUUCAAAAUUCAUUGAUGAAAUUUAUUCUUAAUAUGAGCAGAAAAUCGAAAAAAAAAAAAAAUAUUUCAUGAUCUUCUGUUCUCGAAAUGCCUUAUCUUUCCUUUAAUAAAGUAAGAUAAUAAAAAAAUGGAUUUGUAAAUUAUAUUAAGUGUUACUAAUUGUAUUUUCUAUUUUGUAAUAUAUUAUACAUAAACGUAUAUAUGAAUUAAUCAAUAUAAAUAUAUAUAUAUAUAUGCUGAAUCAGCACGAAAUCGAGAAAAAAAAGAAACAUGAACGAAUUAUUAAAAACCGAUAAAAUUUUUGAAUUAAUAUUUACAAAUAAUAAUUUACAAUCCCCUUAUCUUUUCUACUGACCGAAUGAAAAAAAAAAUUUGUAAAUUAUUUUGUUGAUCGAUAUAGUAAAAAGAGAAACGCACAUUCGAACGUUGGUUGUGGAAUAGACGUUAUAGAUUUUUAUUAUAUAAAUACCGUUAAAAAAUAUUAUAAUAAAACAUACAAUCUUCAUAAA